AUGAGGACAGUGGUAGCAGUUCUGCUUUUGGUUACUACAGUCUACACUUAUGAAAGUAAAAAAGUCGUUUCUGUAGGAGGCUACGCAAGGGACGGAAACAGCGGAAGAGACGAUGUAAGUCAAGAAGGUUACGGAGGUUAUGAUGGCUAUGGGGCACAUGGAAGUAAAGGUGGACUAAGCCGAGGUAGUGGCGGACUAGGAAGUGGUUUUGGCGUAGGAAGAGGUUUCGGAAGUGGUUCUGGAAGUGGAAGAGGCGGCAGCGGUAGGCUAGGAAGUGGUAGUGGUUAUGGCACUGGAAGAGGUCUCGGAAGUGGUUCGGGAAGUGGAGGAGGUCGUGGAACUGGGUUUGGUACUGGAUUUGGAAGUGGUUCUGGAAAAGGUUCUGGAAGUGGAAGAGGUCAAGGCAGUGGGUUUGGAAGUGGAGUAGGAUUCGGUAGUGGGUCAGGAAAAGGUGGUGGUCGAGGUUUUGGAGUUGGCUCUGGUAGCGGCAGUGGCUCUGGUAGUGGAGGUGGUCAUAAGCGAUGGUAA